UUUUUUUUUUCUUUUCUUUCAUGGCAUCUUCAUCACAAUCUAUAGAACCUCAAAAGGAUGACACCUUUUCUCAAGAUAUCAAAGCACUACUAGGACCUGUCAUUAUGGAUAUGGAUAAAAAUAUCAUUGCCACACAACAGAGUCAGCAUGACUUUGGACAAGAAAUUGAACGUCUUAUUGCUGAACUUGAAGUAUUUACAGAUAUAGCUGAUCCUCCAAAAUUACAGACUUCUCUUGAAAAAUUAGUGGAUGCGAAAAAAAAGUUGAAUAAUUCUAUCAAAUUAUUACAUCAAACAAAUACCCGCCUCGAACGCAUGGAACAAUCAAUGAAUACCUCUAUAUGAUAUUAGUUAGUUAUCGUAUAUCUAUUGAUUAUUUGUAAAUAAAAGAAAAAUACAUGAUUAUCUUAUUA